UUCAUAAGACUCGGAUACCAACCGAAGUGUAACCCGAAUCCGCUUUCUUUUACGCUAUAAAAGCCAAAAGUGAAGGUUCUAGGGCUUUACACAUCAGAAAAGCGUGACGUUAUUUCGGGUCAACAAAAAAAUAACUCAACGAUUUAACUCGUUUUCUGGUUUCAGAAACGGAAGAAAUGGCACCAAGAUUUGCACUGACUCGACUCGGUAUUACUCGCACGAUGUUUCCAACUCAUGGAGGAGCAACAACAACAAAAACUCGCUACUUCAGCGACGGCAAGGGCCGUGUUCUUAGCGAGGAGGAACGCGCCGCUGAGAACGUCUAUAUUCAGAAAAUGGAGAGGGAGAGGUUGGAGAAGCUGAAGCAGAAGGCUGAUAAAGAAAAGGCUGAGAAAAAUAAAGAGUCUGCUGAGAAGAAAGCUGAAGAGAGCCACAAGGGUUGACUUAUCUUACAUGAUAAGGCCGUCUUACUGAAGAGAUGAUCAUCAGAAAUAAAGAAGUGACUUUUUAACUCUUUGUGAGAUGUGGUCUUUGUAUAUAGUUUUCUUUCAACAGUGGUAAAACAUAGCGGUCCUAUUGUAUGCGGUUGCCUUUUUAAUCUUGAAAUAAUAUCGUUCCGUAGUUCUUGCUUAAA